AUGGCUACCCGACAGCAGCACCCGCUGGCCCUGCCACCCACGCUCUCGCCCGACGACCUCGACACCCUGUCCGAGCUGUCCAUUGUCCUCGCCAAGGUCCGCGCCGGCAUUCAGUCCUCCACCGGCAUCGCCACCGGCACCGGCGUCAUGCCUGGCCCCGGGCCCGCCGCCACAAACGGCCAGCAACUCUCCUUCAAGGACGUGCCCGGCGCCACCGACGGCCUGAAGCACAAGCUGCAGCACGCCAGGGCCCAGGUCCGCGCCCUGCCGGACAUGGACAGAUCCAUCGACGAGCAAAGGCUCGAGAUCUCCGAGCUUGAGGCGCGUAUCCAGCAACAGCGCGCCCUGCUAGACCGCCUGCGCGAUGCCGGCGUCAGCUUCGCCAAGGACGACGGCGCGGCCGGCGAUGUCAAGAUGGGCAUGUGA